AUGGUGUCAGCUCGCGCCAUCUUCCGAUUCAUUUACGGAAGUUUCUACUUCGUCCUCUGCACACUCCUCGUCUGCCUGCUUCUCGUCACUCCUGGCGAUACAAUCUAUCAAGCCUACGAGAACAACCAAUGGUACAACAUCUGGUUCGUCGCUGCCGCCCUCGUCGGUAUCCUCAUCAUCGUCUCCUUCAUCUAUGCGCUACGACUGUACAAUAACAAGACCAUCCUUGCGUCAAUACCGAAGUCAUGGGUUCCGAUUGAAAAGGGAGAUGUGCCCAAACAGGUGUUCGAGAUGGUCACGGCCGCGUUGGACCGUAGCGCCAUUAUCCAGUUCGAGUCAAGGCCGCGAAUCAUCCCCAAGGUCAUGGACGACUCGCAGUCCGCAGUCUCGAACAUGUCGGAGAAGCGCGAAGAGUGUACCAAACAGGACCUCCAGCUGCUGAAACUGCGCAAGAGAGAGGAGGUCGAAGAAACGCUUGGGAUGUCUGUCGCGCCGCGACUGCCCGUCUGGGGUGAGAUUGAGCAUCGGGGAUGGUCAUCGCCGGAAUCCCUCGACCUUCCCGAUUUGCAGUACAGCACUGUGUUGUCCGAGCUGCCAAACCUCAUCGAGGCGAAAGCGCUUACGCUUGCGCCGCCGAUUCCUGAGUCCACAGCCGAGCCGCCCAUGCUCGACCCUGAUGCCAUGGCUCUUCUUGAACGACCCUACAACCUAGGUCUACGACAAUACCUUAAUCACCUCUCUGAACUAGGCGUCUUAUCGAUGGACGCCACGACAGUUGAAUUCCUUACCCUGUACGAAUACGCGCGUUUCUCCAAUCGCCCCUUGACUAAUUCGCAGUUCCGUGACACGAUGCAACUCUUUGCGCAGCUUCUUCGCAGCAUGAGGUUGUUCGAUCCCUCGAUUCUCGACCCUGAACCAGAAUUUGACGAGGAAGCGCAAGCCCCUUUCGAGAGCGACAUUGGGGAUGAUGAUCCUCAUAUUACGAACCCGUCAACGCCACGAAGCAUCUCGUCGCGCACCACGUCUAGCUCACGAUUGCGUGUGAAUUUGCCACCACGGAAUUCUUCGGCCGCCACGUGGCACCAGUACCGCACCGCACCGUCCACACUCCAGGCGCGCUCGACGGGUGCACUUUCUCACUCGUCCAGUAUGAGCAGCUUCGCGCAGAGGCGGCAGGUGCACCAUUCCCCUUCCAACGCUAGUCUCCGUUCGAAGGUGUCACAAAGCUCUGGGGCGUCCGUCAUCCGUCUCGCAGGGAGGGCGGAUGCUACAGACUUGCCGUACGUGUUGACCAUGGUGGAUUCGCGUUAA